UUAAAGCAUCAGAAAGUUGAGCUGCUGAAGACUCACAGUGGCAGCCGACUGGUAAAUCCCAGAGCUCAGUUACAGCCACAGAUGGCAGCUUGGCUUCUCCUCCUCCUCCUCUCCGUGUGCUUAGUUCUUAUAGGGACCCAAGGAAGCCUGUUGGAAUUCGGACACAUGAUCCUAUUGGUCACAAGGAGAGCACCAAUACGAAGUUAUGCUUUCUAUGGCUGUCACUGUGGGUUCGGAGGGCAGGGCCCCCCUACAGAUGAAAUUGAUUGGUGCUGCCAUGUACACGACUGCUGCUUUGGCCGAACGGCCAACAUGGGGUGUAACCCUAAAUGGAAACGUUACGACUUCCACUUCGUGAAUGGAACUGUGACCUGCAAUUCUACAGAGAACAGUGAGUGCGCCCAGCAGGCCUGUGAGUGCGACCGGGAGGCGGCGCUCUGCUUUAAGCAACACAAUGAUAAAUACGGCUGGCAGUACAGAGUGUAUGGGAGACACAAGUGUGUGGGAACCGCCCCCGAGUGUUAGUGCUGCCCGCCCCCGAGUGUUAGUGCUGCCCGCCCCCGAGUGUUAGUGCUGCCCGCCCCCGAGUGUUAGUGCUGCCCGCCCCCGAGUGUUAGUGCUGCCCGCCGUAAUUUUAUUGUGGGACACUUGCUUGCUUGUUCUGUGUUUGUACUUUGUAAUUAAGGAAAAGUCAUCUGCUCAAUAAAGGAAAUCAUUUGUUAAUUCAA